AUGUUCUGGCGCUUUGGGGGAUAUUCAAGUAUCUCCGCUAUCGAUACCCUCCUGGACAAACCCGAUGUCAGCCUCGAAGAGCUACUAGACGAAUCCGAGCUGAUUCAGGAGCUUAAGCAACUCAACACCAAACUCAUAGAGUAUUUACGAGAAGAUGACGUCUUGAAGAAGCUUAUGGACUAUGUGGUCGCCCCUAGCCUAGUGAAUGAAGACGAGGACGAGAACGAGGAUGAUGACGGCACGUCCAAAAAGGAAGAAGAUACAGGGACGAAGGAAGAUGAGUCCGCACCUGAAGGAGAAGAAGAAGAAAAGAAAGGCGACCCCCUGAAGGGCCUGCUGGAUCCAGAAGAUCUUGACCGAGCGGAAAAAGAGCGUCUCAAGCGGGCUUAUGUUGCGUGUGAGAUUCUCUCAUCCGAAGUCUGGUCCAUCCUAGAUUCCACCAUGGCCAACCCCGAAUAUGUUCGAAAUUUCUGGGGUUUCAUUCGGCGCCCAGCACCCCUCGACUCUAUCCAGGCGAGCUACUUCACAAAGGUGAACGAAACGUUAUUGGAUAAGAAGACAGGGGAGAUGCUAGAUCUGUUGAAGUCGAUGGAUGACGUUAUCCCAGCGAUCCUUCAACAUGUCGAUAACCCCAUGGUUAUGGAUCUUCUCCUCAAAUUGAUCAGCUUAGAAAGAGCUGAGGGUGGCCAGGGAAUUGUUGACUGGCUCAAAUUACAAGACUUGAUACCCAAGUUACUAUCUUUCCUAUCUGCUGAGUGGCCGGCUUCCGUCCAGACCUCCGCGGGAGAUUUUCUAAAAGCCAUCAUAACGAUAUCGGCCAACGCAACACAAAACGACCAAUCGUGCAUUGGCCCCAACAGUCUGACUCGCCAACUAGUUUCCGUACCAUGUGUGGAGAGCCUCGUCAAGGCGAUGUUGCAAGGCGGCAACCCCUUGACAGUGGGUGUUGGAAUUGUCAUUGAAGUUAUCAGGAAAAAUAACUCCGAUUAUGAUCCGGAACACCUGAAUGCUCCUGAUUCGAUGCCUUCCAUGUACGAUCCCAUUUAUCUUGGUACAUUACUUCGAGUGUUCGCCAAGCAUAUACCCGACUUUGUGGCGUUGAUUCGGAGUUCCAAGCAUACCGUCACCGAUGGAGGAAAGAUGAAGAGCGUUGAACGAGGCCAGUUGGGUUCUGCUUGGGGCGCCAAAAUCGAGCCGCUAGGUUUUGAUAGAUUCAAAACUUGCGAAUUGAUGGCCGAGUUGCUCCACUGCAGCAAUAUGGGUCUCUUGAAUGAGCCAGGGAGCGAUGAAUACGUGAUGCAAAGGGACGCCGAACGCGAAAGGAUUAUAAAAGAAGGCGUAUUUGACCAGCAUCAUGAAGGUAAUUCUACCUUUGACGCAAACGACUCCACGGCAGACUUCGCCAGCGCUUCCGUCGGGCCGUACUCCCCUGAGGACUCCCGAGACUUUGAGGGUGCGAAUAAGGCAGGCGAUGAAAGCUUCGAAGAUGUUACCCAAUCCACUGUUCUUGUUGAUAAGGAGAAGGACACGGACAACAAGGAGGACAAAGCUGCCCCAGAAUCGCCCUCAACUGCACAGGCUGAACCUUCUCCCAAGGAGCAAGCUUCCUCUGAAGUGAAAGAAAAGGAUCCUGCAAAUACUACAAAAGCACCAGCAUCUGAAACCACGCCAUCUCCAACGGAUGAGCUUGCUGCCCAGAUCAGUGCAGUGUCCUUAGAAAGCACGCCGGUUAAUGACGAAAACAAAAAGCCCGUGGAGGAGAAACCUGCCGAACUUUCUGUUUCAGGAGUAGAACCGGUCCCCGCAUCAGCACCGAUGUCGUCAAAUCCCGACGCUGUGCCCGCACCUCUGUUUGCCAACAAGGAACAGAAUUUGGAAGCGGAUUCUACAUCGGAUGCUCCUGGUGGUGACGGUAAAACAUCGGAUCCAGCAGACAAUAAAACCGAGUCGUUGCCCGCGCAAGAAACCCAGAACGACAUUCAACCGCCUUUGCAUCCGGAUAUCCAAGUUGAUACGGAUGGGAAGCCUGUUGUCGGCGACUAUCUAAAGAUCAUGUUCGCGGAAAACCAAGUUGUACCAACUAUACUGGAUUUCUUCUUCCGCUUCCCUUGGAAUAACUUCCUUCACAACGUUGUCUACGAUGUCAUCCAGCAAGUGUUUAACGGGCCCAUGGAUCGUGGAUAUAAUCGAAUUCUAGCCAUUGAUGUUUUCGAGACGGGUAGAAUAACGCAGACGAUCAUUGAAGGCCAGAAGCGGAGCGAUGAGACUCAAAAGACCAAGCGCAUCCGUCUUGGGUACAUGGGCCACCUGACACUCAUCGCAGAGGAAGUUGUCAAGUUCAGCGAACGCCAUCCUCCUGAGCUACUUUCUCCAACGGUCAUGGAUAACGUGCUAAACCCGGAUUGGAUAGACUAUGUCGAACAAACGCUUUCCGAGACAAGAGAGCGUGACAAUGCGAUCCUUGGCGGAGUCCGUCCUGAUAUAUCGAUUGGGCAUCGGGGGGGCAUGAUGGGCGGCGGGCAGUCCUCGGCCCUGGCUGACGCUGGAUUGAACGGCAUGGCUGGCAAUUCAAACUUUCAGGGAUUCGACAUGGUUAAUCAGGGAAGCGUCUCAGGUGGUGCGUUUGGUGCUGGUGGCACUUCGUUGCUCAGUGGGUUUGCAAGCUCGAGCGACGAUGACGAAGACGAAGAUAUGGAGGAUCAGGAUGACCGACACAUAGAACCAGCCUCAGAGAGCGGCACUGAGAAUGCAUCAAGUCAACCCAUCCCGAUUAUUGCACCACCUCCAGCUCCUCUAAGUCUGGGCCCAUCUCGUGCGCGGCGCCAGCUUGCUGCACGACUCGCCGCCCAAAAGGAGGCGGCUGAGAAAGCCGAGAGUGGUGGAAAUGAGGACGGGAAGCAAGGCUCAAGCGAGUUCCAGUGGCCUUCAGAUUCCUUCGCCGACCAAGGAUUGAACGAUGGCCAAGGCCAAUCAUCAGAGUUCCCACCGGUUAACUCUUCAUCGCCAACCUUCCCUGAAUCCGGGUUUAGCCCGUCAGACUCGUUUUCCAAUGGCUCUUCUGAUGAGGGGGACGAUUUUGGGGGAUCGAAGCGGCGUAAAGAGCGCAUGCCACUUGAGGUCGAUGAUGAUGACGAUGACAUGGGCGAAAUGGUAGCCCCGACGAUGGAUUCGCAUAUGUUGGACUCAGAUGAAGAGGAAGAGGCCAUCCUUAACGAGUCACUAGGGUAUCCAGAACUCGGACCUGGGCAGUAUAAGAGCUUCCGAAGCUCUCGAAUGGGCCAUUCUCCGUUUGGGGAUGAUCAGAAUGAUAGCAGCGAUGGGGAGGACGACGGGCUGGUAGAAAUUCUAGUCCCAGGCAAGAAGUCAUCCCAGUGA